CCACAGCUGAGUGCAGCGACUCUCCUCUUGGGCUCGCAGUGUUUCUAGGCUUGACACUUUGGUGGUGGAGAGAAGUGAAUAAAGUGAGUUCAGAAGGUGGACCGUUGACAUGGAUGCCCUCGCGCUUGAGGCUGCCAUUGGUAAAAGGCCAGCUAAUGGGAUAGCAGCUGCACCUCUACUGGCCCCCGCACCGGUCAAACGUAAACCUGCUAAAAAAGCUAAAAAGGCUGUUGUUUUCUUUGAGGUGGAGAUACUUGAUGCCAAGACCAAGGACAAGCUCUGCUUCCUGGACAAGGUGGAACCAAAUGCCACCAUUGGGGAGAUCAAGUCUAUGUUCCACAAGAGCCAUCCACAGUGGUACCCAGCCAGACAAUCCAUUCGCCUUGACCCCAAGGGGAAAUCUCUGAAGGAUGAGGACGUUCUGCAGCAGCUUCCUGUGGGAACCACAGCAACGUUUUACUUCCGAGACCUGGGGGCUCAAAUCAGCUGGGUCACGGUCUUCCUGACAGAGUACACUGGACCUCUUGUCAUCUACCUGAUGUUCUACUUCAGGGUCCCCUUCAUCUACGCCCCCAAAUAUGAUUUCACCACCAGUAAACAUUGGGUCGUACAUCUUGCUUGUAUGUGCCACUCUUUCCACUACGUGAAAAGGCUGCUGGAGACGCUGUUUGUCCAUCGCUUCUCUCAUGGAACCAUGCCACUCCGCAACAUCUUCAAGAAUUGUACAUACUACUGGGGCUUUGCAGCAUGGAUGGCUUAUUACAUCAAUCACCCACUUUAUACACCGCCAAUUUAUGGCGAGAAACAGAUCAGACUGGCCCUCAUCUUAUUCCUGUUCUGUCAAGUUGGCAACUUUUCCAUCCACAUCGCGCUUCGCAACCUUCGUCCACCAGGCUCCAAGACCAGGAAGAUACCCUACCCGACAAAGAACCCCUUUACCUGGAUCUUCCUGCUGGUCUCCUGCCCCAAUUACACUUAUGAGUUGGGCUCCUGGCUCGGCUUCACGCUGAUGACUCAGUGUUUGCCCGUGGCCUUCUUCACCUUGGUGGGUUUUAUUCAGAUGACCGUGUGGGCCAAGGGCAAGCAUCGCAGCUACCUGAAGGAAUUCCGGGAUUACCCUCCUCUCCGGUCACCCAUCCUGCCCUUUGUCCUGUAGAUGAGGGCUCCUUCAUCUAAAUUUGCUUUCGUUGCUGGUAGAGGCCUCGCCCGUCUCUAUCCCAACCUGACGAUUACAGUAUCAUCUCUUUGUUUCGCCCCCGCUUCUAUACUGGAAAUAGUGACUGAAAACAUGCUUGCGUGCUGCUUACAUGUUUGAUCGCUAUAAAUGCUAAAUGUUUAACGCAUCACUUGUUUUGCCUCAUUUCACACACUCAACAAACCAACCAGUUAUGCCUGGUUCUGUGAAUUAUUUUGUACGCCCACAGAAGUUCUGACCCCCAAACGACGUUGUGCACUGAUAAACACUGUACAGCUCAUGCAGGUCUGGUUUAUGUUUUCAUGUUCAGAAAUGUAAAUUGUUUACAUCCAAUCCUCUGAAAAAGUAAUUUAUUAAUAAAAAGGAAUCAAAUCUGUGA